GAGAGCUCAGAGAUCAUUUUGCAGAAUUCGAUGUUCAUAUGGUGUCGUGAUCACCGGCUGCAUCACCGCUACUCAGACACUGACGGCGACCCGCACAACUCCAAGCGCGGCUUCUUCUUCUGUCACAUGGGCUGGCUCAUGCACAAGAAGCAUCCCUAUGUUAUCGAACUCGGACGGAGGAUUGAUAUGAGUGACUUGCAGGCUGACUGGAUGGUUAUGUUCCAGAAGAAAUACUACUACAUUUUAUAUUUAGUUCUAGCAAUAUUGUUCCCCGUGUCAGUUCCAGUAUACUUUUUUGGUGAGACUUGGUGGAACUCGCUGUUAGUGAGCUACUUUGCUCGGUAUGUUUGUCAACUGCACGGGACUUGGUCCGUCAAUAGCUUAGCUCAUUUGUAUGGAACGAGGCCUUAUGACGAACAUUUGCAGCCUGUAGAAUCCUGGUUCGUUUCAAUGCUAAGUCUAGGGGAAGGCUGGCACAACUACCACCACGCUUUCCCCUGGGACUAUAAAGCUGCUGAACUGACGAUGCAUUUCAACCUGUCAGCUAGUAUCAUACGGUUUUUUGAAAGGCUUGGCUUAGCUUUCGAUUUAAAGUCGGCAUCGCACGAAAUGGUAACCAACAGGAUAAAAAGGACAGGCGACGGCAGUCACUACAAUCUGGGCAAUGAAGAGUCGUGCGCGGCGGUGACGGCGUGGGGGCCGCUACACCCGCUCAACCCCACUUACAACUCCACGCUCAAACCGCCGAGCGCCAUGCUCAAACCUGAGGGACUGCCGCUCUUCCAUGAAAAAGACGUUCUCAAUCUAGAUUUGAAGAAAAAUUUUAUGUGA